AAUUUGACAAAAGUGAUAUCUUCUGUUUAUGCUGAAGUAAUAAAUUUAAAAAAAGAAAAUAAAGAAAUUAGAAUUAAUCUUGGAAAAAUUAAUCAAAAAAUCGAAGAAACCAAUUUAAAUUUAAAGAAUUACCAGGUGAAAUUAGAUACAUCUUG